AUGCCUUACCUUGCCAAUUCUGAUGAGCUGAUUUUUUUUGUGAAUGGAAGAAAGGUAACAGAGAAGAACGCUGAUCCUGAAAUAAAUCUACUUUUCUACCUGAGGAAAGUCCUCCGUCUCACAGGCACUAAAUAUGCCUGUGGAGGAGGAGGCUGCGGGGCCUGCACAGUGAUGGUGUCAAGAUACAACCCCAAGACCAAGAAGAUCCACCACUAUCCAGCCACAGCCUGCCUACUGCCCAUCUGCUCUCUGUAUGGGGCUGCUGUCACCACAGUGGAAGGUGUGGGAAGCAUCAAAACCAGGAUUCACCCCGUGCAGGAAAGACUGGCCAAGUGUCAUGGCACCCAGUGUGGAUUCUGCAGCCCAGGGAUGGUGAUGUCCCUCUACACUCUGCUGAGGAACCACCCAGAGCCGACCCCUGAGCAGAUAAUGGAAGCUCUUGCAGGUAAUUUGUGCCGCUGCACUGGAUACCGACCAAUUAUAGAAAGUGGAAAAACUUUCUGCGUGGAAUCAACUGUUUGUCAAAUUAAAGGAUCAGGAAAAUGCUGCAUGGAUCAAGAAGAGAGGUCUUUUGUGAAUCGACAGGAAAAGAUGUGUACCAAACUGUAUAAUGAAGAUGAAUUCCAGCCCUUGGAUCCAACCCAGGAGCCUAUAUUCCCUCCUGAGCUGAUAAGAAUGGCAGAAAACCCAAACAAGAGGAGGCUGACAUUCCAAGGGGAGAAGACUACCUGGAUCACCCCAGUGACCUUGGAUGACCUUCUGGAGCAGAGAGCUAAUUACCCCAAAGCCCCACUCAUCAUGGGGAACACUGCAGUGGGACCCAGGAUUAAAUUCACAGAUGAAUUCCAUCCGGUUUUCCUAUCUCCACUUGGGCUGCCAGAACUACAUUUUGUGAACCCCACAGAUGAUGGGGUUACAAUCGGUGCGGGAUACAGCCUGGCCCAGUUGAAUGAUGCCUUACAUUUUAUUGUUUCGGAGCAACCAAAAGAGAAGACAAAGACUUUUCGUGCCCUCCUGAAGCAUCUGAGGACACUUGCAGGAGCCCAGAUUAAGAAUAUGGCCACUUUAGGAGGACAUGUGGUGAGCCGGCCGAAUUAUUCUGACCUAAAUCCCAUUUUAGCAGCAGGAAAUGCUACCAUCAAUCUAGUAUCUAAAGAAGGAGAACGGCAGAUUCCUCUAAAUGGCCCUUUCCUUGAGAGAUCACCUGAGGCCAACCUGAAGACGGAAGAGAUUGUGUUGUCUGUGUAUAUUCCCUACUGUACUCAGUGGCACUUUGUGUCAGGAUUCCGGCUGGCCCAACGUCAGGAGAAUGCCUUUGCCAUUGUCAAUGCCGGGAUGAGUGUGAAGUUUGAAGACGGCACAAACAUAGUCAAGGACCUUCAAAUGUUCUAUGGAAGCGUUGGCCCCACCAUUUUCUCUGCAAGCCAAACCUGCAAGCAGCUCAUUGGAAGGCAAUGGGAUGACCAGAUGCUGAGCGACGCCUGCCGAUUGGUCCUGGAUGAGAUCUGCAUCCCACCAGCAGCUCGGGGUGGCAUGGUGGAAUACAGGCGAACCCUCAUCACCAGCUUACUCUUCAAAUUCUACCUCAAAGUACAGCGAGGGCUGAAUGAAAUGAAUCCCAAGAAGUUUCCUGAUAUCCCAGAAAAGUUCAUGAGUGCGCUAGAAGAUUUUCCCAUAGAAACACCCCAAGGAAUUCAGAUGUUCCAGUGUGUGGAUCCCUACCAGUCCCCACAAGAUCCAGUUGGACACCCAGUCAUGCACCAAUCAGCCAUUAAACACGCCACAGGGGAAGCUGUAUUUAUUGAUGACAUGCUCCCCCUUGAUCAAGAACUCUUCCUGGCUGUAGUCACCAGCACCAGAGCUCAUGCAAAGAUCAUAUCAAUUGAUAUUUCAGAAGCCCUGGCACUUCCAGGUGUGGUGGAUGUGAUAACAGCAAAGGAUGUUCCAGGAGAUAAUAACCAUCAUGGAGAGAUUAUAUAUGCACAGAAUGAGGUAAUUUGCGUGGGUCAGAUCAUCUGCACGGUGGCUGCUGAUACCUACGCUCAUGCAAAAGAGGCAGCUAAAAAAGUGAAGAUCACUUAUGAAGACAUAAAACCGAUGAUUAUCACAAUAAAGCAAGCUCUAGAACACAAUUCUUUUCUUACUGUUGAGAAAAAAAUCGAGCAAGGAAAUAUAGAGCAAGCCUUUAAAUACGUUGAUCAAAUCAUUGAAGGUGAGGUCCAUGUGGAAGGACAGGAACAUUUUUACAUGGAAACGCAAACCAUCCUGGCUGUCCCAAAAGGAGAAGAUAAAGAAAUGGUAUUACACCUUGGAACACAGUUUCCAACUCAUGUGCAGGAAUAUGUGGCUGCAGCACUAAAUGUCCCAAGGAGUAGAAUCACCUGCCACAUGAAAAGAGCUGGAGGAGCAUUUGGGGGGAAAGUGACCAAGCCUGCUCUGCUAGGAGCUGUCAGUGCUGUGGCCGCCAACAAGACUGGCCGCCCAAUCCGGUUUAUCCUGGAGCGUGGUGAUGACAUGCUGAUAACUGCUGGCCGCCACCCACUCCUCGGAAAAUACAAAAUUGGAUUCAUGAACAAUGGUGUGAUCAAAGCUGCUGAUGUUGAAUAUUACACCAAUGGCGGGUGCACCCCUGAUGAGUCUGAGCUGGUGAUAGAGUUCAUUGUGCUGAAAUCUGAAAAUGCAUAUUAUAUUCCUAAUUUCCGGUGCCGGGGUAGAGCUUGCAAAACAAAUUUGCCAUCCAACACUGCCUUCCGAGGAUUUGGCUUCCCUCAGGCUACAGUGGUAGUCGAAGCUUACAUAACAGCUGUGGCAUCUCAAUGUAACUUACUCCCUGAAGAGGUUAAAGAAAUAAACAUGUAUAAGAGAAUUAGCAAAACAGCCCAUAAGCAGAUGUUUAAUCCAGAGCCCUUGCAAAGGUGCUGGAAAGAAUGUCUGGAGAAAUCUUCAUUCCAUGCUAGGAGACUGGCUGCAGAGGAAUUUAACACAAACAAUUACUGGAAGAAGAGGGGGCUUGCUAUAGUCCCCAUGAAAUUUACCAUUGGGAUCCCCAUGGCCUACUACAAUCAGGCGGCUGCGUUGGUCCACAUCUACCUAGAUGGUUCUGUCUUGGUGACUCAUGGUGGCUGUGAACUGGGACAAGGCCUGAACACCAAAAUGAUUCAGGUGGCUAGCCGAGAACUGAACAUCCCCCAGUCGUAUGUGCACCUGUCUGAAACAAGCACAAUCACGGUGCCCAAUGCCGUCUUCACGGCGGGGUCGAUGGGGACAGACAUCAACGGAAAGGCCGUGCAGAAUGCCUGCCAAAUUCUUAUGGCCCGUCUUCAGCCCAUCAUCAGGAAAAACUCUAAAGGAAAAUGGGAGGACUGGAUUGCAAAAGCCUUUGAAGAGUCCAUCAGUCUCUCAGCUACUGGAUAUUUCAAAGGCUACCAGACGCAUAUGGACUGGCAGAAGGAAGAAGGAGACGCUUAUCCGUAUUUUGUUUAUGGAGCAUCCUGUUCUGAGGUUGAAGUCGACUGUCUGACUGGGGCUCAUAAGCUCCUUAGGACCGACAUCUUCAUGGAUGCUGCUUUCAGCAUAAACCCAGCCCUGGAUAUUGGACAGGUUGAGGGAGCAUUUAUCCAAGGCAUGGGAUUAUAUACCAUAGAAGAACUGAAAUACUCCCCAGAAGGCGUGCUUUAUUCUCGGGGUCCAGAUGACUACAAAAUCCCCACCGUCACUGAGAUACCAGAAGGGUUCUAUGUCACUUUGGUGCGUUCCCGAAAUCCCAUAGCCAUCUACUCAUCUAAGGGAUUGGGUGAGGCUGGAAUGUUCCUGGGGUCCUCCGUGUUGUUUGCCAUAUAUGAUGCAGUGACCGCUGCCCGCAGAGAGAGGGGGCUGACCACAGCCUUCACCAUGAGCAGCCCUGCAACUCCUGAAUUGAUUCGGAUGACUUGUAUGGAUCAGUUUACGGACAUGAUUCCAAGAGAUGACCCAUCAACAUUUACACCGUGGUCCAUCCAUGUGUCUUAA